UCCAACACUAUUUUCUUUGUAAAGGUUUUGAUUAUCAAACCAUGGUGUUGCCACCCUCCUUAGUAUUUCAGGUUAAUCGAACCCAGCCACAACUUAUAACUCCGGCAAGGCCAACUCCUCGUGAAACAAAGAUGCUGUCAGAUAUAGAUGACCAGCAAGGCCUUAGGUUUCAGAUACCAGUCAUCAUAGCCUACAAGAACAAUCCUUCAAUGUCGAACCGAAAAGGCCCCGUUCAGGUGAUCAGGGAAGCAAUAAGUAGAGCAUUGGUGUAUUACUACCCUUUGGCAGGUAGGCUCAGAGAAGGGCCUAACAGAAAGCUUAUGGUGGAUUGCAACGGAAAAGGUGUCUUGUUCGUUGGGGCUAAUGCUGACGUUACUCUCGAGGAAAUUGGAGAUGCUAUUCUACCCCCUUGCCCUGUGUUAGAGGACUUCCUAUGUAAUGUCCUGGGCUCGGAUGGCAUUCUUGGUUGCCCUUUGUUGUUAGUUCAGGUGACCAUUUUGAGAUGCGGAGGUUUCAUAGUUGCAGUGCGCCUGAACCAUACAAUGUGUGAUGGGCCUGGAUUGAUCCAGUUCUGGAACGCAGUAGGGGAGAUGGUUCAAGGAAAAAGUGCACCAUCUAUUCCACCAGUGUGGGAGCGAGAGGUCUUGAAUGCCCGAGAUCCACCACGAAUUACAUGUACACAUCACGAAUACGAGGAAAUUAUUGAUGAAUACUCAGAUAAGGGCUCUGAUGCGGCAGUAAUGGUGCAAAAAUCUUUCUACUUUGGUCCCAAUGAGAUAAGGGCCUUGAAGAAACAUCUUCCACCACACCUUUCCAAUUGCUCUACAUUCGACCUUAUAAGAACGUGUUUGUGGAAGUGCCGCACAGUUGCACUAGAACUUAAUCCGGAACAGGUUGUUCGGGUUUCGUGCAUAGUCAAUGCACGUGGGAAGCGCAACAGUCUAGGUCUUCCUUUGGGUUACUACGGCAAUGCAUUCGCAUACCCAGCUGCUGUUUCGGGAGUGAAACAAUUGUGUGAAAGUCCGUUGGGAUAUGCACUGGAGUUGGUGAUGAAGGCAAAAAAUGAAAUGAAUGAAGAGUACAUGAGAUCAGUGGCAGAUCUUAUGGUCAUAAGAGGACGGCCUCCAUAUACAUUGACCGGGAACUUCACAGUUUCAGAUAAUAGACUUACUCGCAUUGGACAUGUCAACUUGGGGUUGGGAGAGCCAACGUUUUCUGGACCUGCCAAGGCCUUGAAGUUCCUUAGUUUCUAUAUUCAGCACAAAAAGGAAAGAGAGGACGGGAUUUUGGUGCCAGUGUGCUUGCCAUCGUGGAGUAUGGCGAGAUUUCAGCAGGAACUCGAGAAGAUGACGUCGUCGGAGAUAGUGGGAAAUAUAAAUAACACUAAAUCUGCUAAUAUUAAUGUUGCAAGGAUGAUUCCACGGUUGUAAGGUUUCAAUGAUCCUAAAAUAUAUAUUAUAGUUGUAAUGUCUUUAAUUAUUUGAAUAAAGGAUCAGGAUCCUCUCCUUAACUCUUUUCACCUUUGUUUAUCCUUGAUUGUCAGUCUCAACCGUUUAGUCGAAAUCUAAAGGCCAUAAAUAAUUCACAUCAGCAUCUGAUUAUUAAUUAUCCAAAAAUUGGGCUAGACGACAUUUCUUUCUUUCUUCUUGCCUUCUUUCUUUUCUCUUUGUUCUCUCCCUUCUUCUCCAGACUCCAGAGGAUUUUCAAGUACACCUUCUUCCAAAGUUUCAAUCUUGCAGAAUAUUAUUUGUCGAUGAAUCAUUAUAAAAAUUAAUGGCUAAAGCCUAAAUAUAUGGAUUUCUUCGAUCAGGCUGAUCCCAUGAUUUUUCCCUCUCCUCUGCUUCACCUUCCUCAUCGGCGCUCGCCGCCAUCAAUUCAACUCUCACAGCAACAAAAACCCUUAAUUGGAGUUGGAGAAGAUGAAAAGACGAAAAAGAGGGAGGCGGCUCUUCUUCUUAAUGAAUUGUGCAUGUGUUCUACAUCAAAUGAUUCAAAUUUCAAAUUCAAAUUCAUUCCAAGAGGACGAGGUCAGCCCCUUCUGCAUCGGAAGCCAAAUUGGAGGAAUUGACGCUGCAGUACCAAACCAAUGAGUAAAGUCCUAAAUUUUUUUUAAAUGAAUUUAAGUAAUAUAAAGCAAAUGAAUUGAACAGUAAUUUUCCAUCCAUGUCCAAGUUUUCAUCCAGAAUCUGACGACUCCUUCCUUUAAAUCUUGUUUUUAAUUUUUCUGAAACAAAACUGGGUUAAAUUCCUUCAUCAAGAUAUAACUAUUGUGUUUCAAGGAAUGCAGAAGGGGAUUUUGGGAUCGGGGUUUAAAGGAACACAAUGGUUUUUAUUCUAGUGGCUGACCUCUUGGAUUGGAUAUUUCGAUCUGAUAUGGGUUGUGAUGAUUUGCCGUGAUCUUUACUAAUUGGUUGGAAGAAAGAAGUUGACGUCGUUAUCUAACUUUUGGAAUUUCAGUAGCCUCAGUCUGCGACUCAAACUGAGGAAUUUCCAAAGCAACAAGAGCCUCACACUACUUAUCUUCGAAAGCGAAAUGCCUCAAGCAAUCCACACCCAAAUUCCCUUAUUGUGGAAAAUCUCACCCUUGUUGUCCAGUAGCCUCAGUCUGCGACGCAGACCAAGGAAUCUCCAAAACAACAAGAGCCUCACACUACUUAUCUUCAAAAGCGAAAUGCCUCAAGCAAUCCACACCCAAAUUCCCUUCUUGUGGAAAAUCUCACCCCUUGUUGUCCAGUAGCCUCAGUCUGCGACGCAGACCAAGGAAUCUCCAAAGCAACAAUCUUUCUUUCGAUGGAGCCUCACACUACUUAUCUUCGAAAGCGAAAUGCCUCAAGCAAUCCACACCCAAAUUCCCUUUUUGUGGAAAAUCUCACCCCUUGUUGUCCAGUAGCCUCAGUCUGCGACGCAGACCAAGGAAUCUCCAAAGCAACAAUCUUUCUUUCGCUUUCUCGUAAACAAGGUAUGAAACUCUAUCAAUCUCUCCUGUUUUGAAUUUUUGAUACAUCUCUGUUCUUCUUCGUGCUCUGUUUUUCCCAGUGGGGUUUUCUUAAAGAAAUAGCAGAAGGAGAAGCUCGCCGAUUCUGUUUGCUACCAGUGGCGGAUGUAAUUGUGAGUUGGGCUUUUGUGUAUAAGUUGAGGAUUGGGAUUGUUGGGACUGCUCUUACUAUUGGUUUUGCUUGGUGAGUUGGGGGCUAUCGGUUUUGGGUUUGUUUGUGUUAUUUCUGGUGGGUGUUCAGAAACAUCAACAGGGACUGGUUUUUCAGCUCAAGCAGUCAAGUUUUUGUUGGGCUUUGGAAUUUCUUGAUGCUUUCUUUGGCUUUUGAUUAUGUUGUGAUUAUUUUUUAUUUAAAGAUGUGCAUUUUGUGUUGCAUAUUAGAGAAUUUUUUUAGAGUUUUGGUGAUAGUGUCUGGGUUUAUGCAAAAUAAUAAUAAUAAUAAUAAUGGUUGUUCUAAUUAGCCUAGACAAGUCUCAAAUCUUGGAUCCGCCACUGUAAACAUAUAUAUCUAUCUGUCAAUUAAUUAAUAUAUCUAUGUACCUUUAAUUAAUUAAUAUAUCUAUGCUAUAAAACCAAGGGAAAAUUCUACAAUGUGUUAACGUAUGACAUGCAUACAAUUGCCUUAAAAGUGGUAAAAUGAGUCCUCAAAAUAGUAAUAUUAGUCCUCAAAGUGGUAACAUGAGUCCUUAAAGUGGUAAAUUUUCUUAGUUACCACAUGAGUCCUCAAAAUAGUAAUAUUAGUCCUCAAAGUGGUAACAUGAGUCCUCAAAGUGGUAAAUUUUCUUAGUUUACCAUAUGAGUCCUCAAAAUAGUAAUAUUAGUCCUCAAAGUGGUAAAAUGAGUCCUUAAAGUGAUAAAAAUAGUUGAUGUAUGAGAAAUGUUAACAUACCAUAGCUUUACCCAAAACCAAGUUCAUAAAGUAUCACAGAUAGACCUGUAAAUGGACCAGAUUUUGAUCCGGACCCGCUCCAUAUCCGUGACUAUUGGACGGGUUUGGAUCGAAAGUUUUGAUCCGUUGAUCCGUUAAUGAUCCGAAUCCGUUAACCCGUUUAUUUAACGGAUCAAAUACGGAUCUAGGUCGAUCCGAUCCGUUAAUGAUCCGGCCCGUUUUUGUAAUAAUAAAAUAUUAUUU